AUCUUUUGCGAGCAUUGCACGAUAUCUUUUGCGAGACUGUGGCUCGCUUGCGAGAGUUUUGCGGACUUUUCGCGAAAGUCACGUUUGUUUGUUUGCUGGGUAUGUACAUCAUGCUUUGGUAUUAAUUCAUCACCGGCUCCAAAGAUGCUAACAAAACAAAAACUGCGAUCCUCUUUGGAGUUGCUGAAACGGUACGAAUGGCUUUUGAACUCCUACGUUAUGGACUUUUAUGUGGAUGACCAUUGGAGCAAACUGCCGGAUAGUUGGCAACAUCACCUUGAAAGCAUUCCUAUGGAAAGAUUUGAGGCGCUGCUCUACAUUAGUGACAGUGAAGCUGCUCCCAAAAAUACGAGCAUAGUAUGGCCGCUGGAGUUGUUGGCGUUGCGUCGAGCACUUCGUAAUCUCUGCAUUGGGCGGACAGAGGAGAAUCAACCCAAAGAAUCGUUUCCUUGUCCGUUGCUGCAUCAUCCCAAGCUGAAGCACCUGUUCAUGAAACGAGUCAAGCCAAAGAAGCAACAUGAAAUCACCCGAAUGGCUGAAAUUUGUGCUCUCAGCUGCCGGACGACACCAGUGGAUUUCGUUGUUGAUUUCGGAGCAGGCGUUGGUCACCUGGCACGCAUUCUGGGCUAUGGAUUUGGCAUACAAGUCUGCUGUUUCGAGAUGCAGACCGAGCUAAAUCAGCAAGCAGUGGCCAUUGAUAUGAAGCUGGAGUCGAUUGCAGCAAAGCUCACGGAGGCCAGCGGCUACAAGCGACCUGUACAUCUCACUCAGCGUCUGGAGAGUAACACGCAACCGGCGCAAUUCAUCGCCGGGAUCCGGGAUACCUUGCAGCUGGCAAGCGAUGACUUUCGAUUUGGAAUCAUAGGCCUGCAUCCGUGUGGGAAUCUGGGGGCGACCCUGAUGCGAAUGUUCCUUGGGUGCUCGCAAGCCAAGUUCCUGAACUUCGUGGGCUGCUGCUACCAGAAAAUGAGCACUCCAGCAACACAUCCCGGCGCGGAGGUGCAUGGUUAUCCGUUAAGUGCGUUCCUGCAGAGCAAACCGGAUACAGAUACUAACCUCAGCUACGAGGCCAGGGAGAUCUCUUGCCAUGCCAUGGAGGUGUACCGUGAUCGCCUACAGGCUGGUCAAUAUGACCAUUUGAAAAUACACUCGUUUAGGGCCGCCGCCGAACGCAUUAUUGUCCAGCAGUUUCCACAUCUGCGGCACUGUGCUCUCCGUAACGUAAAACAUGCCCCUGGAAUGUCGUUCGACGAUUAUUUCCAGAAAGCCGUGCAGGGGACUCGAUUUGAAAUGCUAGAACGACAGGCUCUGAGUAUUAGGCAAUGCGAUGCAGAUGUAAAGCACUGGAAGCGGCUCGUUAUCUUCUACACGCUUCGCCUAAUGCUGGCGCCGCUUGUGGAAAGCAUUAUCCUCUACGAUCGUGCUCUCUUUCUAUCUGAGAAUGAUUGUCAGGUGGAGGUUCAGGCAAUCUUCAAUCCCCGCCUAUCGCCGAGAAACCACAUCACCAGGGCUGUGAAAACCAGACGCUGCCUCAGUAAUAAUCUGGGUCAGCAAUAAACCGCAAACCUCAGACCUCAAGUGGCUUAUCUUAAAGAUUUAAAGUUGUUUUUUAUAAGGGUUUAUUAAAACAAAGAUAAAGAUAUUAUCAUAAGUCAGA